CGACACUCCAUUCUUCACAGUUGGUCUUGCGAGAUAGUCAAGUCGUUUGUUGCUUGCAAUCUGGUAGAUCCCUCCCGAAUGCCCAAGAGCCAACCAUCCUUGCUAUGAUCUCGUCUCCUGGGAAAAGCCCAUCAAAGUCCACCCGCUCCUCUCCUCCACCCGACCUCGGCAUCACCUCUCAUUGGUACACCCUCUUACUCGAAUCCAAAGGCGGACACCUCGCGCUUUUCUCCACCUACCUCUUCACCAUCUUUAUCAAAUGGUGCGUAUCUCUCAACGGAUACUCUGGCCAGGGCGUUCCACCCCUCUACGGCGACUUUGAGGCGCAGAGGCAUUGGCUAGAAUUAACCGUUAUUCUACCGCGCGAAAAAUGGUAUCGUUACGACCUCCAGUAUUGGGGGUUGGACUAUCCAUUGAUAACGGCAUAUCAUAGUUGGGUUAUGGGCAUUAUAGCACGGUGCAUUAAUCCCGAAUGGGUUGCGCUGGACACAUCCCGUGGAUACGAAAGCGAUGGACUCACGGUGUUUAUGAGGGCUACGGCACUCGUAACGGAGUAUGCCUUGUACGUCCCCGCUGUUGUCUUUUUCGCUAAUCGUUGGAUAGGGUAUGCAGAGUUCGUUCCCAAAAAUGUUCUCAUCCUCCUGAUACUCCUUCAACCCGCCCUUAUUAUCAUCGACCAUGGUCAUUUUCAGUACAAUUCAGCCAUGUUGGGUUUCACGGUGUGGACCAUCAUGUGUCUGAUUCGCGGCAAAUACCUCCUCGGAAGUAUAAUGUUUUGCUUGGCGCUGAAUUAUAAACAGAUGGCACUGUUUUAUGCGUUGCCUGUUUUUUGGUUUUUGCUUGGUCGCUGCUUUAUUGAGAAAGGUGGCUUCCGGUUAUUGAUCAAGAUCGCAUGUACAGUUGUCGCGACAUUUGCUAUCAUCUUUGCCCUCUACUCUACAUCCCUACCCGAUGUCCUUCAAGUCUUUAAGAGAGUUUUCCCCGUUGAACGUGGACUCUAUGAAGACAAAGUGGCUAAUGUCUGGUGUGCAAUCAGUGUGGUGAUCAAAUUGCGACAAAUGUUUGAUCUCCAAACAUUGGUGUAUGUCAGUAUCCUAGCCACACUCCUGUCCGUCUUACCCUCCGGCAUCAAUCUUUUCCUCAGCCCAACACCUAAGCGUCUCGUAUACGCGCUGCUGAACUCUUCAUUAGGGUUCUUCCUGUUCGCCUUCCAAGUCCACGAGAAAUCGAUCUUAUUGCCGCUGUUACCCGCUACGUUAUUGUUGCUGGACGAGCCGCUAUGGAGCGUGUGGUUUAAUAACGUGGCCAUGUUUAGUAUGUUCCCUCUGCUAAAGAGGGAUCAGCUCGUGCUUCCCUAUGUCCUCCUUUUACUUCUUUGGAACUGGUUUGCCAGUUUCAGUAUUAGACAGGCGUCCAAGAAUGCCAAGAUCGUAGUGCUGCUUUCAUACAUGCCGAUACUUUUGGUCCACACGCUAGAGGCAACGGUCCCGCCCCCUGCAAAAUUUCCAGACAUUUACACAAUGGCCAGUGUCGGAAUUAGCACCGGACUUUUUCUAGUAUUUCUAGUAUAUUUCAAUUAUCGACAGUUUACAUUGAGUGACAGUAGUAUACCCAGCAUCAACAACAAACUAAAAAGAACAUAGCCCAUCGUAAGGAGUUGCGUUCGUUUAAUAAAUUAAGUGCAGAAUGCCCGGUAGGAAGUGAAAG